AUGACGGAAUGAUGACAUGGUUGCUCUGUAAAUUGGCAUGCGUUGACAUGGUUGUUUUUGAAGUCCACCCAGCACCGUAGGUGCAUCCCUUGAUGCUGCAUGAAUCGCUGUAUGAUGUGCUCCUGGUGAAGCAGGAUGCCACCUUGGACGAGAUCAAACUGGCCUUCAAAAAGCGAGCUCUACAGGUUCAUCCCGACAAAGGUGGCAGUAAGGAAGCCUUUCAUGUGGUCUACCAAGCUCUUGAAACAUUGGUUGACCCGGCAGCCCGACAAAAAUAUGACACUUCGCUCGCUCUGUCAAGAGGUUUGGCGCAGCACAGGAAUGGUGAGACCAAUGGCAUGAAAAAGACUGCAAGGAAACGCUGGGCUGCCGCUGCAAAUCAAAAACGCUCAAGCGCAGGCAAGGGUACCACAUCCAGAAGGAGGGAAACUGACGCAAAAUCAAGUCACUCACGGCAAAAUCGCCUUCUGAUGAAAGUUCGAGAUCUCUUGGAGCAGUUGCCACGAGAUUUGCGUAGUGAGGUGUUUACUAAGGACUUCUCCCAGAAACAGCGCCUGAUUCUGGAGAAAUGGAUGGGCGACACAUCCAAAGCACCAGCGCAGCUGGAAACCAAACCAGUAGCCCGGCUCAAUAAGAAACGACUGAUGCAGCCGGCUCGCACCGACUCUGCUGAUUUGAAUGAACGUCCGGUACCGAGUGCAGGUAUCCCUGGUCUAGAUGGGAAGAUCUCCACUUCAGUAGCCCAGAAGAGGUCCAGCUACAAAUCAAAGUCAGACAGGAGGCGAACCUGUUCCAGUUCCGGCAGUGUAUACAAGGUGAACACGAACACUCACUACAAAGCCUGCAUUCGUUUUGAUGGUCUUGAUAUACAUACCACGGGACAGUAUGAUUUGCAGACAGCUCUUGAGUACUUAGUGAUUCUGACUUCGGUGAAGCAAAAGAUGCUGGACUGUACCAUGGACCAAAGCAUCCCUUUCCACGAACGCUUGCAAGAAGCAUUGAUUAUAUCUGCUGCUGAACAGGGGCGGGAAUAUGCCGACCUAGAGCUUCGGUUUACCAUUCUUCAGCCAGCUGGCUUUUUAGUGGCAAGGGGUUUUGUGGUCCGGUCCCCAAGUGUUCGCAGCCUGACAGACUUGGGAAAGCUUCGCAAUUGCCUGCGUCCUUUUCAAAAGUAUGCCUGGAGAUAUGGGGGGAGUAGCAUUUUUUGGUGGUACAGCCCCCCGCAAUUGCAAGAUGCAUGGGAGUCCUUUCAACAGGCAGUGGCUACUGCAUGGGAGAUAGGAGGCGUUGAUAGCACAAAAUACAUCCACAGGAUUCGUGCUCUUCGGGAGGCAAACAUCUCUGCGCGUCAGCGACACUUGCAAAUGUGGGAAUGCCGACACAUGGCCCUACAAGACAAUGACCAGUAUCGUCCCAAAACACUCCGAACACUUUUGCCCAUUUGGGCUGGGGACAUCUUAGCCACCAAGCUGUCAGCUUUGAAGAGGCUGCUUGGGGAAUGGGGGCGAAUGUUGAAAGCAGAGGCACAACUGCUAGACAAAGAGCGCCGCAAAGUGUUCCUGCAGCGGAAGAAGCACAGAGAAGAGCAACGACAGCUGGAAGUCUUCCAGCAGAAACGGCUUCGAGAGCAAGAACGCCUCAGGAGGGAAGCCCUGCGGAAGAGAAUGAAGUCUGAUAGGAUGGAUGACCUCAAUUGGAUUUGAUGCUUACGGCGGUUACGGUUAUCCAGAUUGCAACAGAUGACCACCAUUUGUUUUGAGAACAGCCCUUGUCAUUACUGGCCAUGGAUGUUUCUAGCGAAAGCAGGACACAACGGCCUCUUGACAUGUUGCCUCAUGAUCUUGAAGAUGAGCCCUGCCAUUGUCAAUAUCUUUAAGAGAGAUUCAGCAGAGUCAUUUCCGGAAGGCGGUGUUGCGAAGACAGCCAGCUGCCUUGUGCAAAGCGGGAGCGAGGUCACAAAAUGAGAUUUUGGCAGACACAACUGGCAGUGGCCGGGUCACAAGAUUCAGUUCCGUUCACGAAAAAA